AUGGCGCAGUCCAGAUUCACUGGCCGAUUGAAACCCAAAAAGACAGAAUAUGGCUGGUACUUCGCUGGCGAGCCAAUGGAAAAGAGACACUCUCGCAACGGGCGAAUCAGGCUAGUUCGUUACGGGCCUGAGAUGGAUCCUUGUGUCCACAGUCGAUGCCCAUCGCCAUCUCCCAUUCCAGAAACGGCGUCUUGCUCCUGCGGCAAUAGAUGCGAGGUUCACCCCAACGGGACACGCUGCCAAUCCCCAGGCAACACUGACUUCCCUGGUUAUGGGGCAGCCAGCAGGUACUGCGGAAGAUGCCAUGGUAUUCGACGCGAGCCUGAAUCCCCUCCGCAGGUGGAGAAAGCAAUCUGCACUUGCAAUCUUCGGUGUGAAUGUCCAUGUCACUCGCAUGAAACACGCCCGAUCACGCCAAACAGCAGUGAUUAUUCUAGCUCUGAAUCAGCCACAAAACGCUAUGGUAGCCGUCAAUCAACAAGACGCGAGCGUCGUUCCAAUGACACACGUCCCACCACGCCAAACAGCAGUGAUUUCUCAGACUACGGACCACCCAGAAGACGCCGGGCCGGGCAGCGCACAACAAAGCGCGAACCAGAGCACCAUCAGCGAGUGGAGAUAUGCCAAUGUGAGGUCCAUGCACCUCCUCCCAGCCCACCUGCCAUGCCAGACCAGAGAUACAACUCCGCCCGUGCAUCGUUCACGACAGCACCACGCCCCGGUCCGGUAGUCCAACGCCACUACUGUCGCAAGGCGGAAUAUUGCGAAAGCCACCCGGAGCUCUGUCGAGCUUCGAUGCCUGCGCGUUCUCCAGUGCCGAUACCGAAUCCAACUCCGACUCGCUCUCCCCGGUCGAGUGAAAAGACCCGUCACAGCCCGCGGGCCAAACCGGACCGGAUAUGCACUUGCAGGCGCUCUGCUUCUCCUCGCAAGCAGGUGCCUCCUCCAAAGCCAGUGUCUUCGUCCAAGUCUACGUCUCCCAGACCUGAUAUCCCACAUUGUAUCUGUUUCUUCAUGGAUGGGUAUCACGCUGAUAGCUCCGGAUAUUAUACUCAUUAUGACAAUGACACUGCUACCGAGACCUCCACCCAGGCCAUGCCAGGGGCUGUGGAUGAGACACGUUGUGUUUUUCACCACCGCUGUCGUCCGAGGUUUGAGCGUGGGCUUGGCUGGGUGUGCGGGAGGAAGUGA